AUGAUUGAUAAAGCUACUAUAUUACUUCUUGGACUUAUUCUUGUAGCAUCUAUAGCUCAAAUUCAGGCAAUAAGACCUAGUACCUCGAAUGUAAAUAAUUAUAUAUCAUCAUUUAUGCAACAUCAUUCUACAAUUCAACAAAUGGCGCAAGAACUGACCUCACAAAUAGCAGAUGAAAACCUAGCAAGUAUCGGGGUAUCUGCAGAAACAGCGCCUUCAACUGUAAGACAUGGGAGGGAUACCAUUACGCUUACUAUUGGAUAUGGACCAUUGGCAAGUACAGGAGAAAUGUUGCCAUUUUUUGGGAAUACUGGCCCAAAAGUACCUAUAAUUAUAACAUCCCCACAACCAAUAAUGGAUAUUGAAGAGCUUACAGCUUCCUAUCAGAAAGAAUCAAGAACCCCAGGUAGUGCAGCUUUUAUUGAUAGGGAGGCACUAGCUCAAGGUAUUUCAAAUCCAAAAGUGACACUAGACCAGGUAGGAGCUACACUUAAAAGUACUCUACAAAAUGCUGCCUUAUUUGCGGCUGAUGCAAGGAAUAUUGCUAGCUUAAUUGAAGAAUAA